AUGUGUCUGUGGGAUCCGGUAUUUGGCGUCGAUGGCCCUCAUCCGUAUGGACAAUGGGGCGUUUAUUUACCAAAUGAGCUGGUGAUGGAAACAGUCACAUGGAUGUCGGCCAAUCAUGGGGAAUUUGAAGUGCUGUUCCAUCCGAAUACAGGCGAAAUGGUCGGUGAUCAUGAUAGUGAACGAAGAGCAAUGUGGAUCAAACAACAGGUGCCGUUAGAUUUGGACUUUCUUAUUUGGCUACAAUGCAAGUGGUUCGGAUGCAAUGACGGUUUGGCGCAUCAGACGAGCAAAUGA